AAAUGGCAAUUUAUGUGGGGUGAAACGUGUAACAUGGGAGGCAUCUCCAUGGAUGCGAAGCCCCAGUGUAUAGGGACAGACCCUCCGUAUUCCAUUAUUUUUGUCUUCUAAAGCUUCUCUCUUACCCCCCUCCCUCAUCUCUGAACUUCUUCACCUUUGUGUAGAGUAAAGAGACCAGAAGAAAUCCAUCCAUGGCCAAUCCACACUGCACCUUCAGAUCUCGCCCACUAUCUCUAACGGCUAAUUCCUGCAAAUUCCAUUAAUUUUGUCGAAUCGAUUCCAAUUUCCAACCCUAGGCGACGGUACAGGGCUGUACGGACGCGUUCUUCGCAGAUCGGCAAUGGCGACUCUUCAGAAAUUCAAGCUUUUAGCAGGUCAGUGCGCCGUCGCGGGAAGCCCUACGCGGAGCCCGACGACCAGCCCCGUCAUUCACCUCCGUCGCAGAAAAACCCUCCGCAUGCUCCUCAGCCGCACUGCCCCCAGCGGCCGCCGCCUGCCUCCCCGCGAAGGUUCGCCCGAUCGGCAAGAAACGGCCGACGAUCCGCCGCGGAAGACCAAGGAUCGCCUGGUAGCGAGGCACAAGCUCAAGGACUUGUUCGUCUCUUCGCCUCCUCCGCUCCAAGAUAGAGCUUCGGAGAAGAGCAGCGACGUAGGAGAAAGACUCCUGCCGGCGACAUCUGGCGCUGGGGGCGGCGGACCAGCUCGGCGCGGCGGAGCAGGCUCGCUUCGGCCGUCGUCGGCGGCGUUUCGAAUUCGCUUACUUAGGCGACCUUGGCGACCAGUACUAGUGACCAUUGACGAGUAGUCGGCGGCGAAAUUUUAGAAAAGCCUGUGCGAACUGCGGCCUGGGAAUUUGUUAAUUUUCAGUAGUAGUUUGCUAACGUGCACUGGUAAUUGCUAACGUAAGCUGCGGAUAACGAAUGCGUCACUUGCGUCAUGGCGUAACGGUCUGGGCGGUGAACGGUCGGGGCGCGGAGCACAUGGCGCACAAUAGCGGGGAAAUGUCUAGGAGUCUUAAGACAAAAGAAUGUAGGGUCAUGAUUUGGAGCAUCGUUUUUCUCUGACCUAAAGUGGUUUUUAAUGAUAUAUUUUCGUUGUAAGUUUAUGAAAAUGUUGGGAGUAAUUUU